CAGUGGAGGAAAGACAGCAGUGGAUUCGUUCAGGUGGUUCUGUUGGCGUUUUCACCUGGUGCGGCAGUUUUAGCAUCCAUGGACUCUCUGGACUUAGUGAGCCCUGACCUGUUCAGACACAAAGGGAGGAACUUUGUGGUCAACGACAAAGGGAGACCUGAAGACCUUGAUGCUCUUCUACAUGCUGACAUUCGUCCAACUGAUAUUUUCCUCGUCACUUACCCCAAGUCAGGCACAGUGUGGAUGCAGCAGAUUCUGGCGCAGAUCAUGGAAGCUGUACAUCCUGAGUGGGCACAAAACGGCACCAACAGGGUACAAGUUCCUUGUUUGGAGAUCAGAAUUGCAGACGACCCUUUCCGAGAAAGACCAGAUCCUCGGAUCUUUCGCUCACAUCUUCCCCCCGACAUGUUGCCCCUUGGAGUGAAAGAAAAGCAAAUCAAGGUUGUGUAUGUUUGGAGGAACCCCAAAGAUGUCCUGGUGUCAUUAUAUUACUUCGCUCACAGUUGGGUCUUCCUGGAAACACCUCAGAGCUUUGAAGAUUUUUUUCAGCGGUUCCUGGAUGGUAACACUUACAUGGGAUCAUGGUUUGAUCAUGUGAAGGAAUAUUAUGCAGCACGAGACCAACUGAACAUCCAUUUUGUGCAGUAUGAGAACAUGCUGAAGGACCUCAGAGGAGAAGUUGUGAAGAUUUGUGCUUUCCUGGGAAAAGACUUGACAGAUGAGGCCAUCGAUCAUGUUGUGGAGAUGUCCACAUUCAAAAACAUGAAGACCAACCCCAAAGCAAACUACAAGGACUUAGUUGAAGGCAUUCAAUAUAAGACAAACACCAUGCGCAAAGGUGUGGCAGGUGACUGGAAGAAUUUGUUCACCGUGGCCCAAAAUGAACGUUUUGACAAAGUGUUCAAGGAGAAGAUGAGUGACUUUCCUCUCACCUGCACCUGGGAGAUGACACAGUAGCUCCUCAACUCAGCCCUUAAGCCUCCCUCUACAUGAGCUCACAGUCAGUUAGAAAGUUUCAUUCUCAGUUUAGGUUGACUACGUGGUGUGUUCAAGAACAUUUGUGUUCAAUAAAUUUGUUUUAUCAGCUUGUUUUAACAGAAACAGUCUCUCUGCUCACAAGGCAUACAGUCAAUCAAAUCUUGUAGGUAAUUUCAGUUCUUGUUAUUUCAGGAAUAAUUUCCUUUAGUCAAACAAAGGCAAUAAUGAAAUUGUUUCUCGAGACAUUGAGAGGAUAUACAGACAGAUCAAAAUUCCUUGUUUCAUAGGUAGAUGUUCUUAUAAUUCUUUUAAAAUGAUGUAUUUCAGGAUUAUACAUGUUAUGUAUGCAGUUUUUAACUUUGUUAAGAUCCCCAUUUUUCUCUUUGUCUCAUUUUUACAUCUUAGUUUCCGUUAAUUUUCCGUCCUUAUUUUAAUGUCCACUCCAUAUAUUUUCUGUGUGAAGUAGAAGUUCAUGGUCAUAUUUUAAAUUGAGGUUCAGUUUUAGACAGGUUUAAGAGUCUACACACCAACAAGUCCUUUUUCAUUGCGAUGCUUUUCUUGUGCGAAGACUUAAAUUAAAAAAAGGAAAUAAAAUGCUUGUGAUGGGACACUGUGUAAAACAUAAAUAAAACAGAAUGUGACCAUUCAAU